AUGAAGGGUUUCACUGCUGCCUUCCUCAUCUGGACCCUGAUCUCUGCCAGUGGUGGUGGCCCCCCAGCCUGGCCCACACACACAGCCUGCAAGGACUCGAGCUUGGAGGUGCUCUACCAGAGUUGUGAUCCAUCACAAGAUUUUGGCUUUUCUAUUGACCAGUGUUCCCAACAUUUAAAAUCAAAUAUCAACAUUAGAUUUGGAAUCAUUCUGAGAGCGGACAUCAAAGGGUUGUUUCUUGAUGCAAGUCUCCUGACGAGAGGAGAGUCCAUUUUGAAUUAUUCCUAUCCCAUCUGUGAAGAGGAUCUUCCCAACUUUUCUUUCUGUGGAAGAAGGAAAGGGGAGCAGAUUUAUUAUGCUGGCCCUGCCAAUAAUCUUGGAUUUGAUAUUCCCAAGGGAGACUACCAGGUUUUGCUGAAACUGUAUAAUGAAAAGCAUUCCAUGGUGGCCUGUGUCAAUGCUACCAUCAUUUGCUCCUGA